GCUACAUUCUAUGGUACAGUUUCCGUUCUUUAAGGUGGUUCGGGUAGUUAGGGGUCUGGCUGGAGCAUCUAGAGUGCCUGUAGGUCUAUCAUAGUGGCUUCGGACUACACUCCUACACUUCUACUUCGGUUCAGACACCGGAUAGGUGUUUGGGCGGCAUCAUGAUCGCGCGACUGGCGUCACGACUAGGCACCUACUGGAAGAGCCUGUUGCAAGACUACGGCGCUGCAGUGAAGGACAUUGUGAAGGAUUCAAGGAGUCGGCCAGGCAAGGCAGCCCUCAUGCUGGCAGAGGCUAGCAACAACAGGCCCUGUCAGUGCCAAGAGUCCCCAGUCUGUACGUGCUACAAAGUUGAACAGUGUUCUUUAGUGCUACCAUGCGGUGAUUUGCAACAAGGAAGUGGAGCAGUGUGCGUGCUGGUGGCCACCAAGCCAGACCCAGAAUCAUUCCUUGAUGCACUGGGCUCCAGUGCAAAUGACCUGCUGCUGCUGAGUGACAGAACACGCAACCCAGAAUCUGAGGCACAUGUGCGGCACCUGGAGGCAUGUUGCUGCCAUGGUGCUCUGCGUUCCUGGGACUUGCUGCUGGCAACAGUUGUGUGGGAAAGUGAUCAUGCUGAGGGAUGCGACUUGUAUGCAGCUCGCUGCACAUACCUGCAACCACGGCCAUUGUUUGAACAGCAUCGACUGAUUGACAUUGGCCUCUUCGGAACAUGGCUCAAUUUGAGGCGCAAGAUGCAAGACUGUGACAUCAACCACUCGCAGUGGCAAUAAUAAGACUGGAGUCAAGGGCACAUCGUCAUGCAGACCUGCAUCCCCACACAAUCUUAGAUACCCAUAUUAUGACAAAGCAGUCAUGGGAAUAAAACCUCGAGCUCAAUUCAG